AUGGGAGCCCUUUUGAGGAAAGCGAACCUCCCCGGAACGCCCCCGCCAGGCAGCGAUGCCAGGAUGCCCGUCUCUGCGUCCCUCCACCAGAACGGCAGCCAGGAGCGGCCGGCGAGCCUGACCUCCACGACCUCCUCGUCGGGCUCAUCCCGCGACAGCCGUGGGGCCAUGGAGGAGCCCAGUGGCUCCGAGGCUUUGGCUGAGAACGGGGAGGGCUCCCCGUGUGGCCAGCAUCUCCCCAACAGCAACAACAACUCCAGCGGCUGGCUGCGGGGGUCCCUGUCGCCCUUCAGCAAACGCACGCGGCCCGUGGCGCCUGCGGACAAGUUCGGCUACCUGGGCCGGGUGGUGCGGGAAAUCGUGGAAACGGAGCGCACGUACGUGCGGGACCUGCGUAGCAUCGUGGAGGACUACCUCUUGAAGAUCAUUGAUACGCCUGGGCUGCUGAACCCAGAGCAAGUCAGCGCCCUCUUUGGGAACAUAGAAAGCAUCUAUGCACUGAACAGCCAGCUACUCAGAGACCUGGACAGCUGCAACAGUGACCCCGUGGCCGUGGCCAGCUGCUUUGUGGAAAGGAGCCAAGAGUUUGAUAUCUACACUCAGUAUUGCAACAACUACCCCAACUCGGUGGCUGCCCUGACCGAGUGCAUGCAGGACAAGCAGCAGGCCAAGUUCUUCCGGGACCAGCAGGACUUGCUGCAGCAUUCACUGCCCUUGGGCUCCUAUCUCCUGAAGCCGGUCCAGCGCAUCCUCAAGUACCACCUGCUGCUCCAGGAGAUCGCCAAGCAUUUUGAUGAGGAAGAGGACGGCUUUGAGGUGGUGGAGGAUGCCAUUGACACCAUGACGUGCGUGGCCUGGUACAUCAAUGACAUGAAGAGGAGGCAUGAGCACGCGGUCCGGCUCCAGGAGAUUCAGUCUCUGCUCCUCAACUGGACGGGGCCAGACCUGACCACCUACGGGGAGCUCGUCCUGGAGGGCACGUUCCGCGUGCACCGUGUGCGCAACGAGAAGACCUUCUUCCUUUUUGACAAAGUGCUGCUCAUCACCAAGAAGCGGGGUGGCCACUUUGUCUACAAGGGCCACAUCCCGUGUUCCUCCUUGAUGCUGAUCGAAAGCACCCGUGAGUCCUUGUGCUUCACCGUCACGCAUUACAAGCACGGCAAACAGCAGUACAACAUCCAGGCCAAAACGGUGGAGGAGAAACGGAGGUGGACUCACCACAUCAAGAGGCUCAUUCUGGACAACCACCAUACCACCAUCCCCCAGAAGGCCAAAGAAGCCAUCUUGGAAAUGGAUUCCUAUUAUCCCAAUCGGUACCGCCACAGCCCAGAACGCCUGAAGAAGGGCUCCCAGGACGACGUGUUCACCCACAUGCACCAGGGGCGCCGGCAGUCUGAGCCGACCAGACAUCUGUUCAGGCAACUCAGUGAGAAAGCCAGAGCUGCAAGAGUGAAGGGGAAGGAACGCAGGGAGUCUGAAGACUCCAAGAGCUGCGGGAGGACCAGGAGCCGGUCUCCAACUCCUGAGGAAAAGUGCCUGAACUUUGAGUCUGUGACUUCCCUGCCGGAGGUUGAGCCAGACACCGAGUCUGGGACCGAACAGGAGGUGUUUGCUGCUGUGGAAGGUCCCAGCACCGAAGAGAUGCCCUCAGACACAGAGGCCCCCGAGGUCCUUGAAAUGCAACUUGACCCCCACCAGCUGCUGCUCGGGCUGGAACCCCCCGAUGACAUGGCAGAGUUCAUGGUGGCGGAGAGCACCGAGGACCCUAAGGCCCUGAGCAGCGAGGACGAGGAGGAGGAGGUGGGGGCCCCCCACGAGCCUGAGAGCCUCCUGCCUCCCUCCGUGCUGGACCAGGCCAGCGUCAUUGCCGAGCUGUUCGUUAGCAGUGUCUCUCGGCGUAGCAGCCUAGCCCUGGAGGAUGGAAAGUCCAGUGGCUUCGGGACCCCAAGGCUGACCAGCCGGAGCAACAGUAUGGUCAGUCUUGAGGAUGGUGAGAAGGGCUCGGCCCCGCGGGGCAGCACCACAGACUCCCUGGGCUCUCAGCUCCUUCCAGAAGCGGACCUCAGUGUGGGGAUGGCCGCAGAGAGCGAACCUUCUGUCAAUGGGAUGGAGGCCCCGGGCCCAGGCUGCCCAGCGGAGCCAGACAGGUCUUCCUGCCCGAAGGAAUCGAAACUUUCCUCCCAAGACCGGCAGUUGCUGGACAGAAUCAAGAGGUACUACGAAAAUGCAGAGCACCAAGAUGCAGGCUUUAGCGUCCGGCGCCGGGAGAGCCUCUCCUUCAUCCCCAAAGGGCUCGUGAGAAACUCGGUCUCCAGAAUCAAUAGCCUUCGCAAGCCAGACCCAGAGCCACAGGCUCCACUGGGGCAUAAGAGACAGGUGGGCUCUCGGGCAGCCCUCUUUGACUGCCCAGAACCAGGCCAGGCUGGCGCUGGGGACCCAGCUCCUAUCACAGAUGCUGAGUUCCGCCCGUCCUCGGAAAUGGUAAAGAUCUGGGAGGGAAUGGAUUCUCCCAAGGGCAGCCCUCCGAAGGGGCCAGGCCAAGGCCAGGCCAACGGCUUUGACCUGCACGAGCCCCUGUUUAUCCUGGAGGAGCACGAACUGGCGGCCAUCACUGAGGAGUCGGCGGCUGCCUCCCCAGAGAGCGCCUCCCCCACCGAGCCCCGCAGCCCCACCCACCUGGCCCGGGAGCUGAGGGAGCUGGUGAGGGAGCUGAGCAGUGACGCCCAGGGGAAGCUGGUGACCCCACUGCACCCCCACAUCCUGCAGCUCUCCCACGUGAUGGAUAGCCACGUGAGCGAGCGAGUCAAGAGCAAGGUCUACCAGCUGGCUCGCCAGUAUAGCCUCCGGAUCAAGAGCAGAUCGGUGACGGCCAGGCCUCCGCUGCAGUGGGAGAAGGCGGCUUCCACCAUCCCCCUGGUGCAGGAGGAAGUUGGAGCACCAUCCAGUGGCACAGGUGUGAGCAAGCCGGGGCCGUCUCUCUCCAACCACGAGCAGCCUGCGGUCCAGGAGCGCAGCCCGCCCAGGCCUGGCUCUUCCACGGAGAUGUCGCCACGGCAUAUCUCCUUCAGCUCCUCGGCCACCAGUCCAAGGACCACCCCACCGGGGGCCUGGCACGGCCCCCGAAGCCCCUUUGACACUGAGACCUUCAACUGGCCUGAUGUCCGAGAGCUCUGCUCCAAGUACGCCUCCCGGGACGAGGCACUCCAGACCAAGGGUGGCUGGCCCAGCAAAGUGCCAGUCAACCGGAGCCGCUCGCUGCCGGAGAACAUGAGGGAGCCGCAGCUGGCUCCCUCUGGCAGGUUGGGCCGCUGUGGCAGCCUCAAGGCCAGGAGGGCCCCAGUGAGCCCAGAGGCGGCCCAGCCCCAGCCUCUGGGGGAGUCGCCCCCAAGUGAGCCUGACAGAGGGGAGGCCCUGCAUGUCACCGCAGACCUCACGUUGGAGGACAACCGGCGGAUGAUCAUCAUGGAGAAGGGGCCCCUGCCGGGCCCUGCCGCAGGGCUGGAGGCAGCCAGCGGGCAGGGACCGAGCUCUGCAGCUGCCCAGACAGGGAAGGACCAGGAGUUGCAGGAGUCUGCAGAGUAUCGGCCUAAGGAAGAGGGUCCCAGGGAUCCAGCGGACCAAAGCCAGCAGGGCAGAGUGCGGAACCUGAGGGAGAAAUUCCAGGCCUUGAACUCCAUAGGUUGA